GUAAAACUCAAAAAGGUUUCGAUAAGUCGUUCUUUUAAUUUUUGACACUUGCAGUACACGAGAGAAUCAAAACAGGUGAUCUGAACACUUAACAACCAAGAUAACAUGAUAUCAACAGACACAACUACCAAAUUAGCCCACAAUGCGAUGCCAAUUAGAUACCAACUUACUAGGAGACCUGAGGCGAACCAAAACACAGUUAUUCAAAACAAGAAGGUCGGAGACAGUCAAACCAAUCUAGAACGCUCCACGGUUGACACAUGGAGAAUAGAAAAAGACCUUGAAGGUAUUACUUCUACUAUUUCUACAAGCGGGGCUGAUAGUUCCAGCAGAAAUAAACACGUAACAUUUGCUGAUGCGGGUUUUGAUCAAUCCAGUGAUAGCGUAGACAACAAUAAAACGGCAUUAGCGACAACGUUUCCGUUUAGACAAUCAAGUUACGUGCAGCAUUUAAAGUCUAAGAGUUUCGUGAACGAUAGUAGGUCUGGAAUGCACAGGGUCCCAACAACCCACAGUCGACCUUCCAAUAAUAAAAGCGCACCUAGGAAGGCAUCGGGAUCUAUUCCAAGAGAUAAAUAUACUGACAACUUUGCUCUAGAUCCCAUGAUUGAUGUUACGGACUCAGAAAUGGCAACCCCUUGCGAUUUAGAAGGUCAAACGGACAAAGACGAUAUUGUAUUGUCGUAUAGGAAACUCACGCGGAGUUUGAAUGAUCUUCAAAAACCAUUGAUGAUACCUGGGAUAUUGCCGGUGAUUCCCCCCAGAAAGUCAUCUGGGAAAUCGAACAUUUCAAACCCAGAAGCGGAAUACUUAAGAAGUCGCUCGCCACAUAUAGGAAUUCCUGCAUUGAAGUAUUCUAACAGGCCAAAUAGCGUGGUGAGCGUCGUCAGUUCCGAUGACCUCGAUCGGGCAGUGAAUGAUGUUAUGCUCGGGAAAACUCGUCUCACAACCCCGAGUGUAUCGUCAAACUUCAGAGAACACAGGUCAAGGUCACAACCAACUCCAGAGCCUAAUUUUAUUGAGGUCGACGAUAACGAAAUAACAGUGUACCAAAUGAAGAUAAUGACUCACUUGGCGAAUCAAUAUCGGUACAGGUAUGUCCCUAGGAUACCAAAAGAAAAGAGAAGUCCAUCCAGUGCCCCUGUAUUGAAACCUCCACGUCAACUGCCCAAACAAUACCUCAGUGAAAAGGAUGCCCCGAAAGAUGGAAAUACAUGUACGUUCUCGCCAACUGAUGUUCAUAAAAUAAUAUUGGAAAGAAUCAAAACUCUACACAAGCCAAGAGUAAUUCAAAAAGACACUCCAAAGAAACACAAAGGAAAGUUAAUUCUCGGUAGUCCAAAGAAAUAUGUUAUAUCCGAAAGACACAAGCAAAGUGAGCUUCGGCAAGUGACCAGGAGUAGUUCUGCUAGCAAUGAAUAUUUUAAAAUCAAUUCUCCGCUUAAACAGCCUAGAUACAUGUAUACUUUAUAAUGGCCAAAGUAAUUGUUUGGGUCAGUGAUGCUCCAGUCACUUCUGUUGCGGCGGCUAAGCGGUCCAUAACAUCUGUAACAUCUACGGCCACAAGUAAUCAUAGAGCUCCUGGGAUUCCCAUCGUCACAUACUAUAUGCAAUGAUAUAUGGCAACUUGUCAAGGUAGCUUACAUGACGUAUUUUGAACUUGUGGAGACAGAAAACUUUCGGUCAUCGCACGUCCUUUGUGGAGAUCAUGAUGACGAACAGUCGCCUUCUCGCGAAUAGGUCCAUGGAAUUUUUUUGAAAGAGGGGUCUGCGAAAUAAACGCCCAUUGGCUUGGAAAAGCAAAUUUCCCUCCUAAUAAACGCCAAACUCCUUGGAAAAACAAUUGUUCCCUCUUUAUAAAGACUCGUGGGCGUUCAUUUCGAGGACUUUCAAAUAAAUGCCCAUGCAAGAUAAACGCCCAGUGGGCCUAUUCGCGAGACACUAUAUACGGUAGGGCGCGCAUCUCUCUCUAUAUAGGACAAAUUGAUAAGUGAGUGCUGAUCAUAUUGUUUACAUUUGUGAGAGGCGAUUACGGAUGGUAUUUGAUAAAUAUGUCUAGUCCACCUAUAUCGUGUUUUGUCAUUUGUGGGAAUUUUUUUAUUUUGUUUUUGGGUCUACGCAUUUUUUGUUCUUUUGGGUGUUUGGUCCUCGCAUAUCUUGUCUGUUAAUAAAGUUGUCCCAAUGUGGCCAAAUAAAAAACAGUUAGUGGUGAUUUUGCAUUUCAAAAAUAUUUAUUUUAUUUAUUAUCGACAUUCCCAAGUUUUACAAAUUCCCAAAUUCUUUGAUCAACAAUGUACCAAAUAAAUGGCAAGAAACCAACAAUUGCUAAUAUCAAAUUGACAACGAAUGCAGCUAAAGGAUAAACAUGUACAGUCAAAGAGUGUGUAUAGAACAUUGCUGUUGCACCCAGUAAUUUGAAUAUAUGUUCUGUAAAAUUCUCAAUUAACAAAAUUUUUCCUAACUUCAUCAGAAUCUACUCUGUGAACAAUUAAACUUUUUAGUACGGCCUUGCAGCUCAUUGCCAUACCAAG